AUGGAUGUUAAAGUUUCAAAGUUUAUUGAAACAUUGACAGAUUGUUUUUCUAUGUUUAAUAAGAACUCAAAAAACGAGUUAAAAAUCUUGCUAUCUAGAGAGGAUGGUUUUAAAUUUGGUGAUUUGAGUGGUCUUUUGGAUGAUUUAGACUUUAUAGAUAAAUUUUCUGAAGAAAUAAUUUCUGAUUUUGAUCAAUUGAUCAACAGCUUUCAAUGUUUUCUUAUGAGAAUUUAUGAAGAUAAGAUGUUUUUAGACUUGGAUUUUAUUUUCUUGGAAACACUUGUUAGAACAGCAUACAAAAUCGAUAAUCAUUAUCUAAAAUUAAAACUUUUUAGAAUUGUUUUGAUAUGGUUAUAUAAUCAUCCUGAUUCAAAAAAUGAUGCUCAUUCAAAUUUUAUUAUAAAUCUUUUAAAUACCUCGUGUGACUCUUUGGAAGAUAUUUGUUUAAGAAGAAUGGCAUUAGCUAUUGUUAAUCGUUUAAUUAAAAAAAAUGUUAAAAAUAAGAGAACAAUCAUGGAUAAAAAUCAGUUUUUUAAUUUAAAGGAAAUUGGGAGGUCUAUUUUGGUUUCUGAUGAUUUUAAAAUACAGGAGCUUUCUGCAGAGCUUGUUCAUGAACUUUUGCCUCCAAGAAAUUCUCCAUUGGAAUUUUACAAUAGAAGAUUUGAUCUGUUUUUUUCUUUAAAUAGUCUUUCUGAGGAUUUAAAGGCUGAAUUUUUUGAGAUGCAGAAUUCAGGAUGGAUAUACUCUCCUAAGUGGUUAACAUCUUUGAAUAUUGAGAGAAACUGUAGUUCCUCACCUUUAACAUUUGAAUGCAUUUAUUUAAAAUUUGGGGGAAAUCUGUUUAAUUCUCUUGACAAUAAUGGAACUUUAUAUGUGCAUCUUUCUCAUAACUUUAUUACUAGUGUUAUUAUUGAUUCAAAAAAUCAGGAAAAAUUAUUAGAUAUAGCUUUAAAAAAUAUUGAAGAAAUUCGCGAAUCCGAUAGUCAUAUUGUUUUAAGGUUAAAGGAGGAUUUUGACAAUGAUUCUAUUAUAGGUGAUGAAUUUAGUUUUUUUGAUUUAAUAGAAUUUUAUUUUGAUAAUAAGCCUGAAACAGGCAUAAUAAUUCAAGAAAUAGUUGAAAGAAUAAAGAGAAAUAUGAAUUUAGGUUCUAAGAUUAAGUGCAGUAUGAUAGAAUGUCCUAUUAGUUUGAGGUUUCAAGGAAAUAAUAUUUGUCAUUCAGAUGAUUUUUUCUCUCAACAACGAAUAAUUGACAUAGAUAUGGAUAAAAACAUUAACAUUGUUUCGGGAAAUUCAUUUCAGGAAAAUAAAUUUGGUGAUUUUAAGCUUUCAGACGCUUAUGAAGAUACAGAGAAUAAAAAAAUGCCUUCUGUUGAUUUUAAUGAGACUAAGGAAAUGGAAUAUCAACAGUCUGAUAGUUUUUGUCAUUUAGCUAACAACAAUUGUUCAUCGAUUACAAAUUCUUUUCUUGAAAAGUCAAAAAAGACUGAAGAGAGACCUUUUUUAAGGGUUUCUACCCAAGUAAAGGACUUAUUUUCUUUGGUUACUCUAGAAAACAGCGACAAAAAUGUGUCGAAAGAUAUUAAAUUGCCUAAAAAGAUGAAGAAAAAGUCUGAAGGCUUAAAGGAAUUAACAAAUAUUUUACCACCUUUCGAUGAAAUUUCAGAAGUAGAUAAGAAUACUGAUUCUAGUAUAAAACAAAAAAAGAAUACUAAUGAAAACAUUAAUAUGGAUAUAUAUGAUUUUCCUUUUGAUAAGGUAUCUCGUUUUAAUAGGUCACAAAUUACUAAGUCAAGAUCUAAAAAAAAAUAUAUGUUAAAGUCUAAUUCUUCUGUUCAUGCUCUUCAGAAAAAAUGCAAAAUUGAAAAUAAAUUACAAGAAACAAAUAAAAGGUAUUCUGAUAAGGAUUCAGUUAGGAAUGAUUAUUCUUCUGCUACUGAUUAUGAUAUUAUUCCUAACGACUUUUUAAGAAAUAAAAAUAUAAAAAGACUCAAAAAAACUAAUAAGACUGUUACUAAAAACACGUUGCGUUCGGACAAGAUGUUUAAUAAUAAAGAAUCUCUAAUUAAAGAAAAAUCGCCUCAAUCUAAUAAGUAUUCUUUAAAACCAUCUAAGGAAAUUCCUAAGGAUGUUAACAAUGAUUUGAGUAAGUUAUCAGAUUCUAGUAGUUUAAGUGAAUUAUCGAAUUUCGAUGAUUCUAGUGAAUUAUCAGAACCUGAUGAUGCUAUAAUGGAUUUAGUGUUAGAAAAAAAUGCUUCAGAUGAAUUUAAAGUUCAUCCUUCAAAAUUUCAGGAAGAUAUUAAGGAUAAUUGUGAAUCAUUUCCAAUUAAAAUUUCUCAAUUUGAAAAAGAAAAGGAUUUUACUUUAACUAAAAAGUUAUUCUAUAAAAAAAAUGAUGGAAUAUCUAAUGAUGUUGAGAAAGAUGAUAAAAUGAAUAUUGAGCUUAUGGAUGAAUAUUCUCAGUGUGGUUCUCAAAUUAUAGUAUGGAGCAAAGAUGGCCCUUUAAAUAAUAAAUGUAAAACAGAAAAUAAUCAUAAAAAGCUGGAUAAUUUGUCUGAAAUAAAAGUAUCUGAAAACAAAUUUUUAUGUAAUUCUGAAAUUGAUGUUUCGAAACUAUCUGUGGUAAAUGAAAAUAUAAAAGAUGUCGAUAAGAAGUAUUUAUACCCUAAAGACUUUAUUGCAAUUAAUGAGAGUAAAAUGAAGAUUGAAAAGGAUUUUAAAAAUUGCAUAUAUAAUAAUUUUUCAUAUGAAGUACCUAAGAACUUUGAUGAUGUUUUUGUUGCUACAAAUAAUUCUAUGAAUAUUUAUAAAAAAAAUGAUGUUUUCAACGAAUAUGUAAAUCCUAAUAAUUUUUAUAAUAUUUUGAAUGGUUAUGGUUUACUGUCUGGAAUAAAAAUUAAUGAUAUUAAGGAUUUUUCUGAAACUGACUUGGACAUAGCAUUCAUUAAUUCUGAUUCUACACAGCAGCUUUUAGAACUUUCAAGUCAAGGCGAUUAUGAUUCUCAGUUAAAUAAUUCUGAUAUAGAAUGCAAUGAUGUUUAUAGCAAAUAUUUCUAUAAAUCGAAAUGGAAAAGAAAAUUGCCUCAACAUCAUAAAAAAACUUUAAGUUUACUGAUGGAUAUUGUUCAAAUAAUUAUAAAUAAGCUAGUAACCUAUGAAUUGAAUAUAAAUGAUUAUAUGGAAGACUUUAAGGGUAAUAUAAAUAAAAUUAUAGAUGCAUUGAAUAUGGUUCGUUGUGAUAAAAAGCUUAAUAUUGAGAAUUAUUUUUUUUUUCGGGAUGGUUGCAAUAAAAGAUUUGUUAAUCAUUUGAAUGGGGUUAAAAAACAUAAAAAAGUAUCAGAAAACAUUAAAAUAAAUAUAAAAAAAGGAUAUUUAGCUCGGAAAAAUAUGAUUGAUAAUUUUUAUAAUAAUAUUUCAAAUAUUUAUUAA